AUGGCUCGCGGUAACAACCGACCACCGCCUUCUCCGGAUCAAUCCUCCGGUUCUGGUUCCUCUUCUAUUGAUCCUUGGAGUCGCGCUAUGGUCCUCGCUCUUACUGCGAAGAACAAAUCGUGUUUCGUCGAUGGCUCAGCUCCUCGUCCUCCCAACACUGAUCUUCUUUUUUCGGCAUGGAACCGCUGCAACUCCAUGGUCAUAUCCUGGAUUCUCAACUCUGUUUCCAAAGCUAUUGCUGAUAACUUGGUGUAUAUCCCUAAUGCUUCAGAAGGUUCUCGUGAUGUGAACUUCUAUUAUACGAAGCUCAAGAUUCUCUGUGAUGAACUCCAAGCUUACAUACCCACACCAUCGUGCACUUGUCGUGGUCUCCGUCAACUUUUCCUUUCGCAGCAACAACACGAUGCCCUCCAAUUCCUAAUGGGUCUCAAUGAUUCGUUUUCUUCAGUACGAGCUCAGAUCCUUUUAAUGGAUCCUCUUCCCUCAAUCGCUUGUGUUUUCUCCUUGGUUCUUCAAGAGGAACGACAAAGGCAAAUCAAUAUUACCCUUCCCCAACCCCCUGAUACACCUCUUCUUAAUUCCAUUUCCAACUUACCCACACCCAUCCCCUCCGCUGAUUCUAACUCCGGUCCUCCAACUACAGCUGCCUUCUUCAAUCGCCUUUCUCGUCCAUUUUGUACCCACUGCAACAAAGAAGGUCAUGGUCGUGAAAAGUGCUUUCGCCUACAUGGGUUUCCUCCUGGCUAUUAG